UUGUCUUAAAGAACCAGGAACGCAGACAGGAUGGUAUGGUUGGAAAAAUAGUCUGAAGUUUAAGAUGGGUAACUUCUGCACUAAGUUGAGUCGGGCAGGAUAUAGUGAGGUAGCUGUAAAUUCUGGAAAGAGAAGCAGAAACAACCCUGACAAACAAUCUCCCCACACUGACAUAAAGAGACCAAAAAGGGCAGAAGUGAAUUUUCUCCCCAACUUUCCAAAAGGAGAAGAUGGUUCAAGCCUUGAGCGACAGAGACUCCAGAUUGUAGAUGAAGUUAUAAGGACUGACAAAAACCUCCCUCUGAUUGCAAAGUUGAUGCAGACCACCUUUUCCCUGCGACGCAAAGAGGUCAUCAAUGAUGACUUGCCUGUUGGAGAGAUCCUGGAGCGCUGGCCUGCCCUAAAGAUGGAGUCACAGAUUUGUGCAGAGUUUCACAGAAUCACAAACAUCAACCUGAAGAACCACUUCUAUUCUGAGUUAGACAGACAUGUCCCUCGUCUUCAGAGUUUGUUCAGGAAGAAAGCUGCGCGCACAGGGAAGGUGUCUGAAGUCCUGGAUCAGCUCUUCAACACUUAUGACCGCCAGGAACAAGUUGACGUCAAUGUCCUCCGUGCUGCCGUCCUCCGUGCUCUCCCUACAUAUCUGCAUGAGGAUGACUCCGGAUUUCUGAAGCUGUGGGAUCGCCAAACUUUGAGAAGCCCUUUAAACUUCAGGUGGACGCAAGUGGAGUUGGUGCAGGAGCUGUACUGUUGCAAGAAGGGAAGGGGGCUAUUGAUCAUCCAGUCUGCUUCUUCUCCCGGUUUGGCGUCAUCUGGUGGUUGGCGGUGGCAUGCCUGCUGGUCGUGGGGAGACUCGCCAGCUGGUCGGGGAGACUCGCCCACCUGCCUGCUGAUUGCGGAUGGGCUUCACCUGGGUGGAAGGGCAUACAAGCCGGGCUGCCAGAGCUUUCAGGGG